UGAACCUCAUCUUUCUGAAUAGUGAAUGAAUUUGAACUUUCUUCGGAAAUUAACUGCAAUCAUUUGGAGACUAUCCGCUCUCUUUCAUUUAUUUCUGUUUCUGAUGAUUGUCCUUUUUCAUGGUUGUUUCCUGAUAUUUAAAGACUCUGCUGUGGCAAGGAAUUGUUUUCUGUUCAUAUUUAAUUGUGGGGUUUGCUUUUAAUUUGGUUUCUCACGUAAUUAUCUUACUUUAUUAGCAGCGAGAACCCUUUUUCGCUUUUGUUCCGCGGUGUCAAAGAGCGCACUGACCAUACUGAGAAACUCCCUUGGUGGUGCGUUAUGCCUAUUUCCUGAAGAAAGGGGUUUGUUAAUACUCUGCUUUAAAGGGUUCGAAGAAGAAGAUAUAUUGGUUGUACUAGUUUGCUUGUGUGCAAAAUUUUAUGGAACAUUUGUGAAAUCUGGUUUGGAAUUCGAGGGAGAUAUAAUUUGGGGUUAUGGAGGCUGUUCUAAUUUGGGGCUUUUUUCCUCCCCUUUUCCCUUGAAGCAGCUUGGAAUCUGUUUGAUAUUUAGUGAUUUUGAAGGAAUUAUUGGGUUCUGAGGACUGAUUUUGCUUCUUUCUGGAAGAUUUUUGGUUUCUGUUAAUUUCCCAUAAGAGUUUCUGGUGGGAUUUUUGAGUCUUUCUCUACUUGCCUUCUCAGUUAAAUCUGCAAGGGAUUCUUCCAUUUUGGUUCUGAUUUCUGCAUCUCAGAAGUUGGUGGACUCUUGUGAAUGGGAACUGAUAGUACUGAAAAUGUGGAUGCAGUUUCAAAUGUCCAAUCCUUUAAGUUCUAGAAUUGGGAUCAUACAUCAAAUUGUCUCAGUGCAAUCCAUGUCAAUUUAGGUUCAUUGUAGAAUGUGCAAUGAGUUAAUGAAAUUGGUUGACCGGGUCUCGGAGAUAUUACCAGAAAUUGAAGCAGCUCGGCCUGGAAGUCCGGAAGGAAGGCAGGCGCUGUGCAAUUUAAAUGAUGGAAAGAUGAAAGCAGAGCUACUUCUUCAGUAUUGUCGAGACUCUAGUAAACUUUAUCUGGCAUUGACAGGAGAUAGGAUCGUCUCUAGAUGUCAUAGAGUGAGGACUUUGUUAGAGCUUAAUUUGCGUAAAAUUAAAUACAUGGUUCCUGUGGCAUUGGCUCGGAAGAUCUCUCAAAUAGCAGAUGAUCUUAGGGUUGCCAAAUUUAUCCUCGACUUAUCUGAAGAAGAGGCUUGGAAGGCUAUGCGAGAAUUGCUGAAGCUAGGUGCUUCGCCUCCAGAUGAACUGGAAAAUUCUGAAAUCAAGGCUCUUAAAAUUGCUGCUUUGAGGCUUAAUAUUUCAUCAUCCAAGGAAAUGUUGUUCGAGAGACGAUCAAUCAGAAAACUAUUAGAUGAUGUUGGUCAUGACGAUCCCCCAAAAAAGAAGAUUUUGACAUACCUCCUAUAUCUUUUGAAGAAGCAUGGGGAGUUGAUACUGCAAGAAAUCAGAGAAACCCAAGCUGAUAGUUCUAGUAGUAACGGAUCUGGGGAAAUUAAAGCUAAUUUGAGACACAGAAAUUAUGCUUCUCAGGCUGACAUAAUACUCAAUAGGGCCAUCCCCCCUGAGGAAUUUAAGUGCCCCAUAUCAAUGAGAUUGAUGUAUGAUCCCGUUGUAAUUGCAUCUGGAGUGACGUAUGAGAAGGUGUGGAUAGAAAAGUGGUUUGCGGAGGGUCGUGAUACAUGCCCGCAAACCAAAAUGAAACUAACCCGUUUUUCAAUGACACCUAAUAUUGAUCUGAAGAAUUUAAUUAAUAAAUGGUGCAUAAAGUUUGGAGUCACGAUUCCUGACCCAAGCGUGGAACCAGAAUGCCCUGAGGUUUGGGAGAAUUCCAUUGCUAGCUUUGGAAGUUCAAUGAAUGAUAUACGUCUACCCAUUGAUUUCAGCAAUAUGUCACUUGGAGGUCUUGAUAAUAGUUACUAUCCAGGUUUAUUGAGGCUCAAUGGUGGCAAUGAAUUGGCUAUCAAGUUUGGGCAGAGUAAAGAUGAUGAUCUGCAAAAGUUUCAAUCUGAUUCAAAUGCUGAGGAAAUAGACUUGGAGUUUCCAUCUACCAUUAGUGAGCUUUCAUGGGAAUCAAAAUGCAAGGUUAUGAAAGAUAUGAAAAUUGCCAUCAACAAAAAUGGAGUUGGUCUGACCUUAUCUGAAACCGUCAUGGAUCAACUUGCCUUAUUUUUAAAGGAUGCAUGUGAUCAGCAGGAUUCCGAAGCUCAGAAAAAUGGAUCUGAGCUAUUUCUUUCACUUGUGAGAAGAAGCAGGUCAAAUAAACUGAGUGUUCCUGAGAAGGUUCUGACAUCGUUGGCUAGUUUACUGAAUUCAGAAGUGAACUACGAAGUUCUUGCCAUUUUAGAAGCAAUAUCUGGCCACAGCAAAUGUAGCUCUAAUUUUGUCACAUCCGGUGUCCUCGCUUCAUUGGCUAAGUACCUUGACUCAGAGAUCGAAAUCUUGCAAGAAUUUGCCAUUAAAACUUUAUACAAUUUGUCCACAAACAGCGACAUCUGUUCCGACAUCGUAUCAUUGGGGUGCAUCCCGAAACUAGUUCCCUUGCUAAAUUAUGACAAUCUCUCAGGCAAAUGUAUAUUUAUCCUGAAAAAUUUGUGCCACACGGAAGAGGCAAGAAUUUCUGUUGUUGGAACUAGUGGCUGCAUUAGCUCCAUUGCACAACGUCUGGGGAUGGGCAGUCUUGAAGACCAGGAGCAUGCAGUUACUAUCCUCCUUUCGUUAUGCUCUCAACGAGUUGAAUAUUGUGAGUUAGUAAUGGAGGAAGGUGUGAUACCUCCUCUUAGCACUAUCUCUAUGAAGGGGAGUGAGAAAGGAAAAGCGGGUGCCACUGAAUUACUCCGACUUCUAAGAGACGUUCAGGAUAACGAGCCUCAAGAAUCUUGUGUUUCUGAACCUCCAUCUUUGUACGACCCCCCAUGCAGCUCUGAGCAAAGAAAACCGAGCAAGAAGUCUGGAUUUCUUGGAAUAUUCUCAAAGCGCAAUCCUCGAAAGAAAUAGUAACUGUUGUCUCGUCUUGAGCUUGUUUUUUGACCUUGGGAAAGCUGUGCAAAACUGCAUCUGAUAUUCUUAUUCUAAGUUGUAAACAUGAUUCUGGGGAAGGGCUAAUAUAUAUGUAUAUGUAAUUAGUGUCUAUAAUCAAUCAUGUACAUUUGUUUUCUGUAGGGAAGGGUUCAGAUAUUGGUUUCAGCAGGUAGGCCUUAGCUUAUUCAUUUGGCAGUUUAUUGAAAUUUACUGAAGCCCCUUGGCUUUGGACUAAGAGUGUGUUGUAUUGUAUAUAACUUUAAGAAGGCUAAAGAGGAUUUGUCUUUCUCUAUAACUAA